UGCACAUUUUAGCUGCUCAUUGUCAGCUAAAACAUCUAUUAGCCAAUCACAUGUCUUGUUUCUUCUCUCCAAUAGACAGUGAGGUUCUUACAUUGUCAGAGAGCGACCAGAAAGUUUUCAAAAUGGGACUCGAAAGUACUAUGGUGUGUGUGGACAAUAGUGAGUAUAUGCGCAAUGGAGACUUCCUGCCCACUAGACUACAAGCCCAGCAAGAUGCCGUCAACAUCGUCUGUCACUCCAAAACUCGGGCAAACCCCGAGAACAAUGUUGGCCUAAUCUCGAUGGCUAAUAACUGUGAGGUCUUGACCACACUGACCCCAGACAGUGGCCGCAUCCUGUCCAAACUGCACGCUAUCCAGCCCAAAGGCAAGAUCUGCUUCUGCACUGGCAUCCGGGUGGCCCAUCUGGCCCUAAAGCACAGACAGGGGAAGAACCACAAGAUGAGGAUAAUUGCCUUUGUGGGCAGCCCUGUGGAAGACAGUGACAAGGAUCUUGUUAAAAUGGCCAAGCGCUUAAAGAAAGAGAAGGUCAAUGUGGAUAUUAUAAAUUUUGGGGAAGAGGAGUUUAAUACGGAGAAGCUGACUGCCUUCAUCAACACUCUGAAUGGGAAGGAGGGUACGGGUUCCCACCUGGUGACUGUACCCCCAGGGCCUAGCCUGGCUGACGCCCUGCUUUCCUCCCCCAUCCUGGCUGGGGAAGGAGGCUCUAUGAUGGGCCUGGGCGCCAGCGACUUUGAGUUUGGCGUGGACCCCAGCGCCGACCCCGAGCUUGCUCUGGCUCUGCGUGUGUCCAUGGAGGAGCAGAGACAAAGGCAGGAGGAGGAGGCUCGCCAGGUGGCUGUUGCUUCUGCAGCCAAUGUCACCACAGCAGACAGUAAAGAAAGUGAGGAAUCCGAGGAGGCCCUGCUAAAGAUGUCAGUGUCUCAGCCUGAGACGGGUGGUGCUGCAGUGCUGCCUGACUUCAGCAAUAUGACAGAGGAGGAGCAGAUUGCAUACGCCAUGCGGAUGUCUCUGGCCGGAGAGGAGUAUGGCGAUGCUAUGGACACUGAAACUGCCAAGGAGGAGGAUGACUAUGAUGUGAUGCAGGACCCAGAGUUUCUCCAAAGCGUCCUGCAGAACCUGCCAGGUGUCGACCCUAACAAUGAGGCCAUCCGAAACGCCAUGGGCUCCCUGGCCUCCCAGACAGGCCCACCCAAGCCUAACCGCAAGAAAGACGAGGAUAAGAAGAAAUGAGGCAUGGGGACAGACAAAUUGACGACACGCAUGGGUUGUGUCUGAAAUGGCACCUGAAAUGGCACCCUAAAUAGUGCACAACUUUUGACAUGGCUCUGGUAGGGUAGUUGACACCGACAUAAUUAUGCAAGGCUACAGACAGGAAGACAGUUGGACGGACACUAACGCAUGAUAUGACGGACAGUCAACAACAUUCACAAGAAACCCACAAGCACACACAAACAGACCAAACUGGAAUGCCACCAGGAUUGUCAUUGGCAUACAAUCUAAAUCUUUUCCGGUUUCUCACUGAUUUACCCCAUCUUAACUGACUGAUUCGCAAGACUGACUGGCAUUAUAUGUUGUAUUUAAUGACAGGGUAAAUCAGUGAGAUUGGGGACCUAUCUUAACUGACUGACUGGCAUUAUACGUUGUAUUUAAUGACCGGGCCCCAAGCUUGUAAACUAAACAAUAUCCUCCUUUUAUUUUGUUAUUUUUCUAUUGCAAUAAAUAAGAUGGAUGACGCUU